AUGUCCCUAUCUCAGCUAGCAGAGGUUUUAGCAGUACGUACUCAUCAACGUGAAGAAGGCGACGCACUAAUGCAGCGGAGUCAUAACCUUGAUCUUGCGACCGACGAGUGGGGUUUGACUUGUGUCAGAGGUCGCUUCCCGCACUCUAGCACACACCCAUGGCUCAUAAACGGAAAGUCCCCUCUAGCUAAGUUGAUAUUCUUACAGUAUCACACGUUCAAUAGCCAUACGGGUGGUUCCACGGUAUUAGCUCGAGUAAGGAGUAGAUUUUGGCCUAUCCCUGCCAAGCGUACACUCAGAUCAUUGAUAAAAGGAUGCGUCUUCUGUAAAAAAUGGGCGGGUAGACCCUUCCAACGACCUCCGUUCAAGGCGUUGCCCCCAUCCAGAACGGAAGGGAAUGUCUGGGAGAGAGUGGGAUUGGAUGAAGCUGGUCCGUUUAGAAUUUCGUCUCAUACUCGUUACGUCCUACUUGUAACCUGCUUCGUAACACGCGCAGUCCAUGCAGAAGUACUCGCGGAUACUUCCGCUGCUGAACUAUCUCUGGCUCUUAGGACAUUCUUUGCUUCAUACAGAGUUCCCUCUGUCAUAUACUUGGACAACCUCUCCUCCCACUGCGCUCUCAAAAAAUGGAUAGAAUCAAGAGAAGCUAACUUCGCAAGCCUUCCUCCCCCUUUAGGCGAUCUCACACAGCUCUACCGCAUUUCGUUCCUAUUCAUUACCCCGCUCUCUCCCUGGAAGGGAGGGAUGUACGAACGCAUGAUAGGUCUCCUUAAAGGAUC